UUCAGUAAUAUAACCCAACUUGGAAGACUAUAUAUAUAUAUGUUAGCCUGACCUUAGCUGUUAUGCAGAUUAUUUUCUGACUCUGAAGUUUUUAAAAAUAUUAAGAAGAAAUUAAGGGAUGGCACAGAUUGAUAAUAGCAAUGGAGAUGGAAGAUGGUCUCUUCAUGGCAUGACUGCCCUUGUUACUGGGGGUACUAGGGGCAUAGGCCAUGCCAUAGUUGAAGAACUAGCGAGUUUUGGCGCAACAAUCUUUACAUGUUCACGAAAUAAGAAGGACUUAGAUGAAUGUUUGGAGAAAUGGCAAAAGAAGGGGUACAAAGUGAACGGGUCUACGUGUGACUUGUUUUCAGAAGAUCAACGAAACCAGUUGAUUGAAAAAGCUACUGAAUACUUCAAUGGGAGGCUUGACAUCCUUGUAAAUAAUGCUGGUGUAUGUGUACCAAAGGAAACCACAAAAAUUACAUCUGGAGAUUGCUCACUAAUGAUGGGAACCAAUUUUGAGGCUUCAUAUCACUUGUGUCAAUUAGCAUACCCUUUUCUAAAAGUUUCAGGAAAAGCAAGCAUUGUGUUCAUCUCUUCUAUCUCUGGGAUCAUGGCUAUUCCUUUUGUUUCUCUCUAUGCAGCAACAAAAGGAGCAAUUAAUCAAUUAACGAAGAACUUGGCAUGCGAAUGGGGAAAAGACAAUAUUCGAGUAAAUGCAGUUGCACCAUGGAUUAUUGAUACUGCGCUUACAGAUUCUGUAGCUGAAGAUUUUGAGUCAAAAGAUGUGGAGAACUUGAUUAAGAGAACACCAAUAAGCAGGAUGGGAAAGCCAAAUGAAGUUUCAUCACUGGUGGCUUACCUCUGCUUUCCUGCUGCUGCUUAUAUAACUGGCCAAAUAAUCUGUGUUGAUGGUGGCAAAACUGUUUGUGGAUUUCCAUGAUUAAUUACUCUAUGCUUAAGCUGGUAAAGAGAGAAGUCCUCAUCCAAAUAAUCCACAAAGAGAACAGUCAAACAAAGUCUUCGUUAUCAAUUGAGAACAAUUAUAUGGUUGUUUGCAUACUUUAUGAUAACUUUAAUAAGCUAUAUGUUGAAAUUUUCUGAUUCUAUAGUUUUUCCAUUAUAUACAUUAAGUAAAAGUUAGGAA